CUGGUGAAGGCGUGGGGCAGCGUGAGCAGCACGGAGACGCGCACCUUGACGGAGAAAGCCAUGCCCAGCCCCAACGCGGCGCCCAGCACGGCCGUGCUGAGCAGGCAGAACCACGCGUUGCCGCUCUGCACCAGUAACACCAGUGCCCCGUACAGACUGGCCAGGCCCAUGCCCAACGCGAAUCCGGCCGCGCUGCGCACCGCCUCCUGCGCCCGGCUCUGCUCCUCCGCCCGCCUGCCCCACAGCCACCGCUUCGCCCUCUCCAUGUCGACUCGGGGGUCUCCCGGUGCGGAACCCGUCGCCGUGCCACCGCGCCCCGGUUCCCCGUGACGACACGCGGCCAUGAGCAUGGAGCCACGCGGGAGGCAGAAGCCGCCCAACACGACCCUGAAGCGGGUGCUGGGCGCCCUGCUGCCCAAACCCUGCACCCAGUUCCUCUGGAGCCGCCCCGAGCAGCAUCGCGGGGCCAAGUUCUUCCUGGGGGGAGGAUUCGGGGCCCUCCUCGGCCUUGGGCUCUGCCAGCUCCUCAUCAUCCCCAUGGACGUCGGGGAGACGCUCAAACUGCGGCUGACGUGUGGGCUGGCGGAGGUGGUGCAGCAGGCGACGCAGCGGUGCCGGGAUUGGUUCGGGAAGAAAUACCAGGCUUGCAUGGCGCAGAUCGUGGUGCCCUUCAUCAGCCACCUCCUCUGCCUGCCCAUGAGGUUCACGUUCCUCUGCCACAUCGCCAAGG